AUGGUGACAUUGACUGUCUCUCACUUUCAGAAACCGGAUGUCUUGACCACCGGUGGUGGGAACCCAGUAGGAGAUAAGCUUAAUAUUCUGACAGUGGGACCACGUGGGCCUCUUCUCGUUCAAGAUGUUGUUUUCACUGAUGAGAUGGCUCACUUUGACAGAGAGAGGAUUCCUGAAAGAGUUGUGCAUGCAAAAGGGGCAGGAGCCUUUGGCUAUUUUGAAGUCACGCAUGAUAUUACCCGGUAUUGCAAGGCAAAAGUGUUUGAACACAUUGGCAAAAGAACUCCGAUUGCUAUACGGUUCUCCACUGUUGCUGGAGAAUCGGGGUCAGCUGACACAGUUCGUGACCCUCGAGGCUUUGCAAUGAAAUUCUAUACAGAAGAGGGUAAUUGGGAUCUCGUGGGAAAUAAUACUCCUAUCUUCUUUAUUCGGGACGCAAUGUUGUUUCCAUCCUUCAUCCAUAGUCAAAAGAGGAACCCUCAGACUCAUUUGAAGGACCCAGACAUGAUGUGGGACUUCUGGAGUCUUCGCCCUGAGUCUUUGCAUCAAGUGUCUUUCUUGUUCAGUGAUCGUGGUAUUCCUGAUGGUUUUCGCCAUAUGAAUGGAUAUGGAUCACAUACUUUUAAACUGAUUAAUGCUAGUGGAAGAGCAGUUUAUUGCAAAUUCCAUGUGAAGACUGACCAGGGCAUCAAAAAUCUUCCUGUUGAAGAAGCAGAAAGAUUGGCUUCUACUGAUCCUGAUUAUGGGAUACGUGACCUUUACAAUGCCAUUGCCAAGGGGGACUACCCAUCAUGGACUUUCUACAUUCAAGUUAUGACAUUUGAAGAAGCAGAGAAGUUUCCGUUUAAUCCUUUUGAUUUAACUAAGAUUUGGCCGCAUGGUGACUACCCUCUCAUCCCUGUGGGAAAGCUUGUCUUGAACAGGAAUCCUGUCAAUUACUUUGCGGAGGUGGAACAGAUGGCAUACGAUCCUAGCAACAUGCCACCUGGUAUUGAACCUAGCCCUGACAAAAUGCUGCAGGGUCGUCUUUUUGCGUAUCCUGACACUCAUAGACACCGGCUGGGACCUAACUAUCUACAAAUUCCUGUGAACUGCCCCUUCAGAACUCGUGUGGCUAAUUACCAGCGGGAUGGACCGAUGUGCGUUUCUGACAACCAAGGUGGUGCUCCAAACUAUUAUCCCAAUAGCUUUACUGGUCCAGAAGAUCAGCCCACUGCAAAGGAGAGCUGUUUGUCUGUUUCAGGAGAUGUGCAGCGCUUCAACAGUGCAGAUGAAGAUAAUGUGACUCAGGUGCGAGAUUUCUAUACCAAAGUGCUGAAGGAGGAUGAACGCCAAAGGCUGUGUAAAAAUAUUGCUGAUCAUCUUAAAGACGCGCAGCUCUUCAUUCAGAAGAGAGCUGUGAAAAACUUCACUGAUGUUCAUCCUGACUAUGGUGCUCGUAUUCAGGUUUUGCUGGACAAGUACAAUGCUGAAAGUGGGAAAAAGGAUAUAAUUAGGACAUAUACACAGCCCACAACUCGUAUCUCCGCCAAAGAAAGAUCCAACUUGUAAAGCAUGCUGCAGAAAUUUACUCUAUGAAUUUUGCGUCCUUAUAACUGCAAGACAACCUGUUGAAGAUGUUAAUGAAUGCAGCAGACUUCUGCACAAAUACAGAGUGUUUUACAGGAUUGAUUUAUUAAGCUUUCAAGUGCCUAUAUCUGUAUUGGAAACUAGGUAACACUAGCUAACAAUCCUAGUGCCUUUCGACACUAGUGCUCUACUGCUUGUUAACAACAUAAUGAUUUCUUAAGGAAAUUCAUGACUAAAAAUUGUCUUCGUUUCUAGAAGCAAAUGUAAGUUUAAUCAAAGCACUGUUUCAUUUUUUUAAUUGUGGAACUUUUCUGGCUAGAUCGCACAGUAGAACUUCUAUAAUGUUACUGUGAUUAUCCUUGUGGAUAAACUUGUUUAUGUUGCUCAGUAUUUCUAAUAAAAGUUAUCUGUAUGUAUUUG